AUGGAAACUUCAACUAGAGCUACUUGGGACAUGGAUCCAUCAACAAAUACAGAGCCUAAUCUUCCUCUUGCUGAAAAUAGACUUACCCGGCACGAGGGUCUAUCAACAAAUACAGCACCUAAUCUUCCUCGUGCUGGAAAUGCAAAUCAAUUUAUUGAUCAAAUAGUUGAAGAUAACAGUUCUAGAGAGAAUUCAAUUUCGGUGACUCAGUUUUGUCUUGAUUCAUCAGAAUCAAUCUCAACUCACACUAUUAUUGAGAAAGCUAAUAAUCUAAUGCCAGAUAUAAGCACUGAAACAUAUACCUUCCCAAGUGGCGAAAUAAUGGACUUCAUAACUUACCAAUCUUACCUUGUGACGUGUGAAGCGAUUGGAGUUGAUCCAUUUACAAGAUAA